AAAGACACUACUGAAAACACAAAGUACCAUAAUGCAAAUUUUCAGAGUAGACAAACAAUUUUUCUCCAUCAUCAGAGAAAGAUCUCACUCUCCAUCACCAAAAACCUUCACUGAGCUUACAUUUUCUUAGCAAAAUCCAACAAACCCUUUCUUGAAUUCCCCUAAUGUUUCAACCCUUUUGAUCUUUUCAACAAAUUUCCAAUUUUUGGUUUCCAAAUGUCAGCCCCUAAUAAACCUUCCCGUGUUUUCUCCUUCUUUACCACCACUGCCGGCAUCGGCGGCGGUGGAGGUGGCGGCGGAGGCAGUGUCAGUGGAAGAAGAUCCAAUGCGACGGAUCUACCACAACCCCAGCUGAAGCUGGAACCGGAUAGAGAAGUGUAUAGACCGGGUGAUCCGAUAACCAUUACUAUUGAAAUCAAGAACCCAACGACUUCUUCUUCUUUGCUUAUUGAAAAACUUAGUUUUGAAAUGAAAGGGAUCGAGAAAUUGGAUACUCAGUGGUUCUCUACUACUAAACCUUCUCCUGAUUUUAAGCAACGCAGAGGAGAGUAUGUUUUUAUGGAUAACUUGACUCCUGCAUUAAUAUCAAAUCAGAUUGUCUCCGCCGGUAGCUCCAGAAAAUUUAUGGUGCGAACAAUUCUACCAAGCACCAUACCACCAUCAUUCAGGGGUGCAACCAUUCGUUACCUUUACUAUGUUAGAAGUAUUUUAUCUGGACAAUACUUGAUAAUGGAAAAUGGUCACUUCAGCGAAGAAUCUAUACGAGAUCUUGCGGAGCUGGAAACAAGAAUUCCACUGCAAUUAUGGGUAACUCAGAAGAGUAAUGGCCUUCAAAGUGAAGAAGGGCGCAGUAGUGGGAUUGUUCCUGCUUCAACUCUGCUUUUGGAUGUUUACUGGAAAGAGAUGGAUGCAGAUACUGACUGGGCUAAAAUAAAUGAAACUUUUGAUGGUGUGGAGGAAGGAUAUGAAAGUUCGAGGGAUGAAGUUUCAUCAAUUUCCUCCUAUAAUCCCAUGAAAGAUAAUAUACACCAGACAUUCGGAAGCUCAUUAUCCUUGCGGUCUUCCUUGGCAAGGACUUCAAGCAAAGAUCUUCCACAUCUUGAAGGACGGUCAAGCAUAUCUUCACAACUGGCACUUCCACAGAUAGCUGUGGCUGAUGUCUUGUAUGAUUCUAAUGGGGCAGAUGCUUUGUCCCCAAGUCAACAGCUGAAAAGUACCAAGGCCUUCUCCAAAUAUGAUGAUUCGAUGGUACCUUCUGUCUCAGGCAUGGGUGAAUCUGGAGCAUCAGAAGGGUUUAUUCGAGGGAGAUCUUACAACAUUAGACUGGAUGACCAAGUGCUUCUAAGAUUUUCUCCAAAAAAUUCUGAGUCAACAUAUUACUUCAGUGAUAUGAUAGGUGGAACCCUGACUUUUUUUCAUGAAGAGGGUUCUAGAAGAUGCCUUGAGCUUUCAAUUACACUGGAGAUGACAGAAACUAUCAGCCGACGCUAUGUACAUCCUUCACGGAGACAUGCUCCUUCUAUUACUAAGGUUCAUAGUGAUCAUCAUGAGGUGGUUGCUGAUUUAGUUCAGACAAGCUUCCUUUUUUCCAUUCCGAUGGAUGGUCCUAUGUCUUUUUCCACUCACUAUGUCUCCGUACAGUGGGCUCUUCGAUUUGAAUUCUUUACCACUCCCAAGAAUGCUGACUGGUCAAGAUAUGAACAUCCUCUUUUGGUAGAGGGUAGAGAGAAAUGUGAGUGGGUACUUCCAAUAACUGUGCAUGCACCUCCAGGAGGAGCUCCUGCAGCUCAGACAAGAAAUGACAGGUCAUUCUCUUUGGAACCCCUAUGGGUCCAUACAUAAAGUCUUGUAGGUAUACACAUUGCGAAAAGUUAAAAUGCUUGGCUCCAUUACUGUUGAGAUAUCUCACCGGCAACCCCUGGAGCUUGCCCACCCGCGGGUCUUCCAGGUCCUGAUUUCAGAAAGGAUGAGUAGUAACUGUGUAACUGUGUUUCAGUAUUAUUGUAUUUUAGCCAUCAGUCGAUAUUUCCCCUUCCAAUCUUUGGCGUUGUGUCAUGUUUUCUCUUAUAUUAUCUUUUAAAUGAUGAGAAAUGUAUUUUGCCUUUCUCUAUUUUUUUUAUUUUUUUUAUAGAGAACAUUUUGUUUUGGAGAUCGUUACGUUGAAUUGUCAUUAUGUAUAUGAUUAGAAACGUCUAGUGAGGUAUGCUAAUAUUGGAAAUACACUUAUAUUUUUCAUUCAUGGAUUAAUAAGCAAUGUGAUGUUAGAAUA